AUGAAGUCAGCCCUUGUUUGGCUGCCAUUGGCAAAUGUUGCCUUUGGUGCUGCCAUCAAGCGCCAUGAAUAUGGAGGUGGUUAUGGAGGUGGUUAUGGAGGUGGUUAUGGAGGUGGCUAUGGAGGUGGCUAUCCAGGUGGCUACCCAGGUGGCCCUCCCGGUGGCUUUCCGGGCGGCUUUCCAGGGGGCUUUCCAGGGGGAUUUCCAGGCGGCUUUCCAAGCUUUCCAGGGAAUGGAGGGGGCUUCCCAAGCUGGCCUCAAGAACCAAGUGAACCUACUGAGCCUCAAGAGCCGGGUUGGCCCACCUGGCCUAAUGAUCCCUCAGAACCGACCGAUACUCUGACAUACCCUUAUCCACCAUUGCCGACAUAUCCUCCAAGCACUCCAGUUCCUCCCCCGACAGAAACACCCAUUCCAACGCAGCCUACGUCUCCUACCGGAACAGAUAUCCCAAUUCCAACAUCGCCUACUGGAACAGAUAUCCCUGUGCCAACGUUUCCUACCGGUACAGAGACGCCAGUCCCAACGCAGCCAACCUCUCCAACUGGAACAGAUAUCCCCGUGCCAACCUCUCCCACCGGGACAGAGACGCCAAUUCCAACGCAGCCCACCUCUCCGACUGGAACAGACAUCCCAAUUCCAACAUCGCCUACUGGAACAGAUAUCCCCGUGCCAACAUCUCCUACCGGGACAGACAUCCCUGAGCCAACGUUUCCCACCGGAACAGAUUUCCCUGAGCCAACCUUUCCCACAGGAACGGACUUCCCAACGUUUCCCACUGGCACACAGACGCCAGUUCCAACGCAGCCAACCUCUCCUACCGGGACAGAGACGCCAGUUCCAACGCAGCCAACCUCUCCUACUGGAACAGAUAUCCCCAUUCCAACCUCUCCUACCGGGACAGACAUCCCAACGUUCCCCACGGGAACGGACUUCCCACCAUUUCCCACCGGCACAGAGACACCAGCUCCAACACAGCCAACCUCUCCUACCGGGACAGAGACGCCAGUUCCAACGCAGCCAACCUCUCCUACUGGAACAGAUAUCCCCGUGCCAACGUUUCCCACAGGAACGGACUUCCCACCGUUUCCCACCGGCACAGAGACACCAGCUCCAACACAGCCAACCUCUCCUACCGGGACAGAGACGCCAAUCCCAACUGGCACUCCAAUUCCAACCUCUACUGGCACUGUUAAUCCUACUGAGACCACAACCUGUGAACCUACGGAUACUCCAGUUCCUACACAGCCAACCUCCCCCACUGGAACUGAGAUCCCAAUUCCAACGCAGCCAACCUCCCCAACUGGAACUGAGAUCCCGAUUCCAACGCAACCAACUUUCCCUACCGGAACCGAAAUUCCAAUUCCAACGCAGCCAACCUCUCCAACCGGAACUGAGAUCCCGAUUCCAACGCAACCAACUUUCCCUACCGGAACCGAAAUUCCAAUUCCAACGCAGCCAACCUCUCCAACCGGAACUGAGAUCCCGAUUCCAACGCAGCCAACCUCUCCAACUGGAACUGAGAUCCCAAUUCCAACUGGUACUCCAAUCCCAACUUCUACUGGCACUGUAAGCCCAACAGGGACAGAUACUACAACCUGUGAGCCUACGGAGACUCCAAUUCCUACCCAGCCAACAGGCACUGGAACUGAGACUCCAAUUCCAACACAGCCAACAGGAACUGGAACUGAGACUCCUAUUCCAACACAGCCAACAGGAACUGGAACAGAAACUCCUAUUCCUACUCAGCCAACAGGCACUGGAACUGAGACUCCUGUUCCCACUCAACCAACAGGCACUGGAACGGAAACCCCUAUUCCUACUCAGCCUACAGGAACUGGAACUGAGAUUCCAAUUCCUACCCAGCCAACGGGCACGGGAACUGAGAUUCCUGUCCCAACAUUGCCAAGUCCUGUUCCUACUCAGCCAACAGGCACGGGAACUGAGACUCCAAUUCCUACCCAGCCAACGGGCACGGGAACUGAGAUUCCUGUCCCAACAUUGCCAAGUCCUGUUCCUACUCAGCCAACAGGCACGGGAACUGAGACUCCAAUUCCUACCCAGCCAACAGGCACGGGAACUGAGAUUCCUGUCCCAACAUUGCCAAGUCCUGUUCCUACUCAGCCAACGGGCACUGGGACUGAGACUCCUAUUCCCACUCAGCCAACCGGAACUGGAACUGAGAUUCCUGUCCCAACAUUGCCAACACCCGUUCCUACUGAGCCAACGGGAACUGGUAUUCCUAUUCCCACUCAGCCAACAGGUACUGGGACUGAGAUCCCUAUCCCAACAUUGCCAAGUCCCGUUCCUACUCAGCCAACGGGCACUGGGACUGAUACUCCUGUUCCCACUCAGCCAACGGGUACUGGAACUGAGACUCCAAUUCCUACCCAGCCAACAGGUACUGGAACUGAGAUUCCUGUCCCAACAUUGCCAACUCCAAUUCCAACUGAGCCAACAGGAACCGGUAUUCCCACUCCUACGCAGCCUACAGGAACCGAAACGCCUGUUCCCACUCAACCAACAGGAACAGGGAUACCUAUUCCUACUCAGCCAACAGGCACUGGAACUGAGACUACUAUUCCAACUGGGCCAACGGGCACUGAGACCCCUAUUCCUACUCAACCAACCCCUACAGGAACGGAGACUCCCAUCCCAACAUUGCCAACUCCAACCCCAACUGAGCCAACAGGCACUGAGACUCCCGUGCCUACUCAACCCACGGGAACAGAGACUCCUAUUCCAACGCAGCCUACGGGAACCGAAACGCCUGUUCCCACUCAGCCAACAGGCACUGAGCCAACAGGCACUGAGACUCCUGUUCCAACUGAGCCAACGGGCACUGAGAUUCCUGUUCCUACUGAGCCAACGGGCACUGAGAUUCCUGUUCCUACUGAGCCAACGGGCACUGAGAUUCCUGUUCCUACUGAGCCAACGGGCACUGAGAUUCCUGUUCCUACUGAGCCAACGGGCACUGAGAUUCCUGUUCCUACUGAGCCAACAGGCACUGAGACUCCCGUGCCAACUUACCCAACAUAUCCUACUGGAACAGAGACACCUGUCCCGACAUCAACAAUUACUCUGACAACUACUGAGACAUACACCAGCACCAGCUGUCCAGUUACUACGGAGACGCACACUAGCGGAACCGAGACGUUUACCGAGACUAGGACCGAGACUAGCACUUUAACCUACACCCAUACAACAACAACUGAGACUGUGGUUCCUAUCCCACCAUCUCCAACUGGUACUGGUGUACCUCAACCACCCCAGAGUCCACCCCCGCAGAGUCCUCCAUACCCAACUGGAACUGGUGUUCCGCCACCACCUCCAGGGAGCACUGGAGUUCCUCCACCAGUUCCUCCACCCUCUUCAUCGGAGACUCCAGUCCCGUCUGAAACCCCGGUUCCAUCACAACCCACUGGCACUGUUCCUCAGCCAUCUCAAAGCCAGCCACCCUCCUACCCAUCACCGCCACCCUCAUCAACUGAGACUGGCAUUCCUUCCGCACCGCCAUCAGAAACUACCACUGGUGGUACCAACCCUACGCAACAGCCAAGCCCAACAAGCCCAACUCCAGUUAUACCACCAGUAUACACUGGUAUGGCCACGCGUACUAAAGGUUCUGGGAUUUCUGUCCUGAUGGUUAUUGGUGCUGCUAUGAUGCUGGCAUGA